AUGCUGUCCGAUACAAUUGACACAAAGCAACAACAGCAACAGCUUCAUGUCCUGUUCAUAGACUCUUAUGAUUCAUUCACCUACAAUGUAGUGAGACUAAUUGAACAACAAACUGAUAUCUCACCGGGAGUCAACGCCGUGCACGUGACGACGGUACAUAGUGAUACGUUCCAAUCUAUGGAUCAGCUAUUGCCACUUUUGCCGCUUUUUGAUGCUAUCGUUGUUGGCCCAGGACCUGGGAAUCCCAACAAUGGUGCACAAGAUAUGGGUAUAAUAUCUGAGCUUUUCGAGAAUGCCAAUGGAAAGUUAGAUGAAGUUCCAAUAUUGGGUAUAUGUCUUGGGUUCCAAGCAAUGUGCUUGGCUCAAGGUGCUGAUGUCAGUGAGCUAAAUACUAUCAAGCAUGGGCAAGUGUAUGAAAUGCAUUUAAACGAUGCAGCCAGAGCUUGUGGCCUUUUUUCUGGUUAUCCCGAUACGUUCAAAUCUACGAGGUACCAUUCAUUGCAUGUCAAUGCCGAAGGCAUUGACACCCUUUUGCCCUUAUGCACAACCGAAGAUGAGAACGGUAUUCUUUUGAUGAGUGCUCAAACGAAAAAUAAGCCAUGGUUUGGCGUACAGUACCACCCGGAGUCAUGUUGUUCAGAAUUGGGGGGGCUGUUAGUCAGUAACUUUCUCAAGUUGAGUUUCAUAAAUAACGUGAAGACAGGAAGGUGGGAAAAGAAGAAACUUAAUGGAGAGUUUUCCGAUAUCCUAUCUCGAUUGGAUAGGACUAUUGAUAGAGACCCCAUAUACAAGGUAAAAGAGAAAUAUCCGAAGGGCGAGGACACAACUUACGUUAAGCAGUUCGAGGUCUCUGAAGACCCGAAAUUGACAUUUGAAAUUUGCAACAUCAUACGAGAAGAAAAAUUUGUCAUGUCAUCUUCUGUGAUUAGUGAAAAUACGGGUGAAUGGUCUAUCAUUGCUUUACCAAACUCCGCAUCCCAGGUAUUCACUCAUUAUGGAGCUAUGAAAAAGACUACAGUUCAUUAUUGGCAAGAUAGUGAAAUUAGUUACACCUUGUUGAAAAAGUGUCUAGAUGGUCAAGAUUCGGAUUUGCCUGGCUCCCUUGAGGUAAUACAUGAAGAUAAAUCCCAAUUUUGGAUCACUUUGGGUAAAUUUAUGGAGAAUAAAAUAAUCGAUAACCACAGAGAAAUACCUUUUAUUGGAGGUCUUGUUGGCAUUUUAGGUUAUGAAAUAGGUCAGUACAUUGCAUGCGGCCGUUGCAAUGAUGAUGAGAAUUCCCUUGUUCCCGACGCCAAACUAGUUUUUAUCAACAAUAGUAUAGUCAUUAAUCACAAGCAAGGGAAGCUUUAUUGUAUUUCUCUGGAUAAUACAUUUCCAGUGGCAUUAGAACAAUCAUUAAGGGACAGUUUUGUUAGAAAGAAGAAUAUUAAGCAAUCCCUGUCCUGGCCCAAGUAUCUUCCAGAGGAGAUAGACUUCAUUAUAACUAUGCCCGAUAAACUUGACUACGCUAAGGCGUUUAAGAAAUGUCAGGAUUAUAUGCAUAAGGGUGAUUCUUAUGAAAUGUGUCUCACAACGCAAACCAAAGUUGUACCAUCUGCGGUGAUAGAACCCUGGAGGAUUUUCCAGACCUUGGUACAAAGAAACCCGGCUCCAUUUUCAAGUUUUUUUGAGUUUAAAGACAUUAUUCCCCGCCAAGAUGAAACGCCUCCAGUUUUGUGCUUCUUAAGUACUUCUCCAGAAAGGUUUUUGAAGUGGGAUGCAGACACAUGCGAGCUACGUCCCAUCAAGGGAACUGUGAAAAAAGGACCGCAAAUGAACUUGGCAAAAGCCACACGAAUCCUGAAGACACCAAAAGAAUUUGGUGAGAACUUAAUGAUUUUGGACUUAAUCAGAAAUGACCUUUACGAGUUGGUUCCUGACGUUCGGGUGGAGGAGUUCAUGUCCGUGCAAGAAUAUGCCACCGUUUACCAACUCGUUAGCGUCGUAAAGGCACAUGGAUUGACCUCUGCCAGUAAGAAGACGAGAUAUUCAGGCAUUGAUGUCCUUAAACACUCGCUUCCUCCGGGAUCUAUGACGGGAGCCCCCAAGAAGAUUACUGUGCAAUUAUUGCAGGACAAGAUAGAAAGCAAGCUAAACAAACAUGUCAAUGGUGGAGCACGUGGUGUUUACAGCGGUGUCACGGGAUAUUGGUCUGUGAAUUCCAACGGAGAUUGGUCUGUUAACAUUAGAUGUAUGUAUUCCUACAACGGCGGAACCAGCUGGCAACUCGGUGCAGGGGGGGCCAUAACAGUCUUAAGCACACUAGAUGGCGAACUAGAGGAAAUGUACAACAAGUUGGAGAGCAACUUACAAAUUUUCAUGUAG